AUGGACGAAAACCAAACUGAUCAAAUACCUGGGGGUUUAUUCAGUAUCAUCAAAGAAAGACAUGGGAACAUUAUAUACAGACGUUGCGAAGAUUUCGUAAAUGGCCAUAGAAAACUAGCCACAUUGACGAACAGAAGAAUAUUUUUGUUGAGGUGCAGACGAGAAACAGUUUUUCCUAACCACAUCAUUCAUAACAUAAACCAAAUAUAUUCCUUGGAAGUUGAAGAGCACCCGUUCAGGAACAAAAUAGGGAAGAUUUUGAGUAGAUUCAGAAAUUCCAUAUUGAAUGUGGAAAUAAAAAUUACUAUUUGGAAUUUGAGGAAGACAAAUCAGAGGUUGAGAGAGUCAGAUGUUUUCCUCGCAAACUUGAUAUCUCCUAACUUAGUUAACUCCCUCAGAUCCUUUGCAAGAAAAACUUUAGAUAGAGUUCUACUGGAAACUAGGGACAACAAUAUUAAAAAACUGGAUGACCUAUUGAGGACACAAAAACCCACUGUGAAUUUGGUGACUUCGGACAAUUAUAUAAGAAACUAUACAGAUGUAGUUCUGCCGGAUAAUGUUAAGUCAGUGUUAGCUCUCGGUCCCAAACAUGGAAUCCCCCCAUUCAAAUUCCCAACUUUGGAAGUUAUUAAAGACAUAGAGAGUUGUAUAUCUGUCUCUCCUUUUACUGAUGAGAUAAAGAAUAAAUACAGGAUCAGAUGUAUAAACACCAUUAAUAACUAUAGGAAUAACCCUGUUAGCGGAAGGUUACAGCAAACUCCGACAUUCAAACAACUGACGGACACUAAUAACUUUGUGAGAGAUCACCCGGAAUUAAUUAUAAGUUCAUCAGACAAAGGUAAUACUACGGUGGUCAUGUAUAGGGGUGAAUAUUUAGAGGAGGCACAUAGAAUGUUAAGUGACUCUGAAGUUUAUGUACUGCUAACAGCAGACCCCACAAAGCUGUACCAGGAUAAGAUAAACAGGAUAUUAAAGAAGUUUAAAGAGGAAUCAAUGAUUACAGCUGAUGAGUACAAAAAACUGAUCCGACAUCCCAGGUUAUACUUCCUCAGAAAGACCCAUAAGGAAGGCCUCUCUUUAAGACCUAUUUCCAACAAUAUCAAUUCUCCAACCUACAACAUUGGAAAGUUUCUCCACCAAAUUUUAUCUCAAGUGUUGUCAACUUCACCAUAUAAUGUCAAAAACUCUUUUGACCUCAAAAGAGAUCUACAGGGUGUCCAUGUUCCGGAGGGUUACAUUCUGGUGUCGCUAGAUGUGGUCUCACUGUUCACCUAUAUAUCCAAAGAACUUGUGAUAACUGUGAUAAAGAAACAAUGGAACUAUAUUAAGAACUUUACCAACCUAAGUAGAGAAUGUUUCUUGGUGUUGGUGGAUGUAUGUUUUGAGUGCAGUUAUUUUGUAUUUGAUGAAAGAUUCUACAGACAAAUCCUUGGCUCUGCUAUGGGAUCUCCUUCUAGUCCCUCAUUCGCUAACCUUGUGAUGGAUGACUUGUUUAGUUGGGUCUUAUCACUAAUAGAUUUUCAUAUUCCAAUGGUCAAACUGUAUGUAGAUGAUACCUUUCUUAUUAUACCUAACAACAAAAAACAACAACUUCUGGAUCUAUUUAACUCUUAUAAUGACAAACUUAAGUUCACUAUGGAAGUACAAGUAGAUAACUCAAUUCCAUUCCUAGAUAUGUUAAUCAAAAAGGAAAACAACACUCUCAAGACAUGUUGGUACUACAAGCCCAGUAACUCCAACAGACUAAUGAAUUUUUUCAGCAAUCAUAGCACCACACAAAAGAUAAACGUGAUAAAUAACUUGAUUAAUAGAGCGUUGAAAUCGAGUGAUGAAGAAUACCAUAGGACAAAUUUGAGGAGUGUAAAGAAAAUCCUUACACAAAAUAAUUACCCCAUAUACCUCAUAAAUAGAUCUAUCAGAAAAAUACAAAAUAAGAGAGAAGAGAAUACAUCGAGUCCCAACUCAGAAGAUAGUACAAGAUCAUUUCACAGAUUUCCCUUCAUCGAUGGCCUGUCUAACAAGAUUCAAAAAAUUCUCAGAGAGUUGAACUGCACAUGCGCCUUCUAUAACGUCUCCACUACCAAUAGAUUCUUCUCAAAAUUGAAGGAAACCACUAAGAAAGAACUAAUGUCAUCUGUGGUUUAUAAGAUACCAUGUUUGGAUUGUGAUAGGAGUUAUAUAGGACAGACUCGACAAUAUUUAAAAGAUAGAAUAAAACAACACAAAUAUGAUACAAAGAACAUAAACAACAAGGAAAAGACUGCCCUAACCUAUCACGUGUUCGGUGAAGGUCACAAUUUUAACUUCGAGGAGGUGGAGAUACUAGAUGUGGAGAGCAAUGGUUAUAAGAGGAAUAUCAGUGAGAUGGUUUCCAUCAGAAGUAAUAACACCGUAAAUUUUAGAGAAGAUGUUAAUAACCUAAGUUAUUUUUAUGAUGUUUUAUUGGACAUAACGUGA